AUGCCGUUUUCAGCUUGGCUCGCCACUCGCGGGGGACAAUCUCUCUUUGCCGGCGACUCGCGUUCGAGUGUCUUGUCUCCUUUACGAGAUUCAGGAGGCUGCGCGUCUCCUGAACACGCCCCAAGGCCCCUGACGCCUUCCGCCUCUCCUUUUCGACGUGGAGAGACGCUUUCCUCUUCGGGAAGGUCUGCGAGAAGAAAUCCUUCCUCGGCUCCCGUAGCGCUCAACUCCGAGACAACACCUGCCGCUGCGCUGGACGCUUCACCUUCUGUUUCCGCUGGUUCUUUGUCGCUUUUGUCCUCGAUUUCGGCGGGGGGUGACCACGCGGCAGAGACAUCGGAGACAUCCUUUUCACCUCCUCUGGGAAAGGAUCGAAGACCAGGAGCGUCGGCCUCAGUUGGUGACGCGCCAGCUUUCUCUGCCUACAGCGAGCCUUCUCAGGAAGGGCCAGAAGAGGACGGCAGCCUCGGAGAAGAGAGAAAGGAAAACGGAGGAGAAGCCGCUAUCAACGAGAAGAGAAACAACCAAGCGAGCGGCGAGGGCAGAGACGCGGGAGGAGUUACAGCUCCGGCGAGGGCGACGCCAAUCACGAUGGAAACUGAGCGCGAGGAGUUGCCGGAAGAAAGCGGCCAGGGAGAGAGGACAGAAGCGAACAAAGGAACAGGACGAGAACAGGAGGAACUCAAAGCACCGGCCCAGGACGGAGAGGAGACACUGGAGCACAAGACUCAUGCACGAGAAAGAGAUGGAGAUGGACACAUUCACAGGUCUGCGGGAACGGAAGUAGAGGACGAAGAGACAGAACCCCACGGCGGAAAGGCAGGGGACGAGCCGCACGUGGUUUCUCCAGCUCGGACGCCGUCGCGAGACUGUAAAAGAAAUGGAAGCGAAGAAAUGCAAACAGAAAUGGAAGAAGGCGAACCUUUGUACUCCGUCGUUGUCUCCUUUUCCCCGUGUUGCGUUCGCACGAGACGGGGUAGUGAAAGAGAAGAGAGAGAGAGUCGGGAGUGCACCUCCUCGGUGUCGUCUCAUUCUUCCGGGCUCCAUCGUGGGGAAGGCUGCAGCGAAGAAAUCGCCGGAGCAAAGAAACAAGAAGGCGACAGCAGGACGGGACUCAGGGGAGCCUCUUCUCCACCAGCACAUGACGCAUCGUCUGUUCGCGGCUCUUCUUCCUGUUCCGCCUCGAAGUGUACAGCCGUCUCUCCGGUUUUCUCGGAGAAAAAAACCGCAGCACUCGGCUCUUCUUCCUCUCCGACAGACACAGCUUGCCUGCGCUUGUGUACAUCGGGUUGCUCUUCGGCUUCUUCGUCCUCUUCCUACUUUUGUGUCUCUCCUUCAUCUGCUGCCUCGUGUUCUUUUGCUCUAUUCCAUUGUCAAGGCGCGUCUGCCUGCGAGGCUUCUCCCUCUGGUCGUCGGUUGUCCACUGCCCCAGAUCGCGACGCUCUCUCGGCUGGCCCCGCUCCCGUCGCUCCGAGAGACAGCUGUGGGGCGAAAGGCGAGCGGGGAGCAGGAAAAGAAGCGGGAGAACAGGAGGAAGGAGAAAUAGAGGAAGGAGAGAAGAGACAAGACGCCUCGAGGACCCGCGAGAGAUUGUAUCCGGACAGAGACGAAAAAGUGAACAAGGCCAGCGACGAGGAAGAGACAAGCGGGGAGCCUGCGGAGCGAGUGAAAGGCGAGACAGACGAGACACCCGGGGUGUGCAGGCGGGAAGCGCACGCAGAAAGUGAAGAACGGUACGCAGGAAAACUCGUGAAGGUGGGUUCCAACGGAAGAGAAGAAGUAUCAGUGACGGAAAGGAGCGUGGAUUCAACCAGAGAGCGGGGAGAAGAUGGCGAAUCGCGAGCGCGAGGCGAAGAAGAAGCGGCGAGAGAAGAGGGAAAACUGCAAACGUGCGAUCACGACGCCGGUCGAGAGGAAGAAACGGGAGACUCCAGUAGCGCAGCACGAAGAGAGACGGUGACCCCUCCUGGUCCGUUUGCUUCCUGGACUGAGGAGAGACGAAUCCUUCUCGAGAAGUUGGGGAUCUUGGAAGAAAAGAACGCUGUCCUCGAACGGGAACUUCAGGCACUUCGGCAGCGAGAGACACGGGAAUCAAGAGCGAGAGAGACAGAGGAUGCAGGCCGAGAGUCCCGAGCACCGGGGAGCGAGAAGAAAGAAGACGGAACGGACGAAGGAGCAGUGACAGACUCAAGACACACAGAAGAACGAAAGGGACGGGAAAACGAGGAGGGAGGUAAAUGUACUCAGAAAGGUGGACGAGAGCAGUGGUUGAGAGACGCCCAAGACGGACAGAGAGAGAAAGGCGGCGGCGAACAGGGGGAUGACAGCAACCCAACAGGACGAAAGGAAGAGGAGACAGGCGCACAGGAUGUACCACGAAGCAAAAGUGUUUCCCCUCGCAGCCACGAGACAUUUUUGGUGCAUCCCGUCGAAGAGGCAAGACACACCGUGUACCCAAUCAAUCCACAGGAGAAAAACGCUCCUUCGUCUGCCGCCGUCGAUGACACUCAAUCUCGCGCCUUCAGUUCUCGGCUCCGAAAAACAGCCGACAUCGGCACGCAGACCGAGGGCUCUGAGGCAAGUCGUGCGUUGUUGCCAGAAACAACUUCAUCUCCGUCUUCUCUUUCUUCUUCUGCCUUGGCAGUGCCUGCUGCGAAGGCCUCGCGGCCGCGACCGCCUGGUCCCCCGCCCCCCAAGGGAAGAAAACCACCAUCCCUUCCUUCUUCGGCUGUUUCUGCUCCUGUCGCUUCUUCCUUUGACAGGACGCCUGCCGCGUUGAAAGCGUGGGGAUGCAGCGUGGAUGGCGACAGGCUUCCGUCGUUGGAAAGCGUUUGCGUUCCGCGGAGGCUUCCGCGGGACGCCGAGAAGCUGGUGCGGAGGGGAGACAGCGCGGGAGACAGGCAAAGCUGCGGGGCGCCUGAGGCCGACGGAGACGCCGGGAGAGACGUAGCAGAGAGGAAGCCUGUUGCCUGCGUGCUUGCGCAGGCCGGCCCGCUCGCGACGGUCCUAGCCCUGCUCGAGGAGUCGCUGGAAAACGGGAGGGAAGAACAAGACCCGAACCAGGAACGAGGUGUAGUUUUUGCAGCCCCAUCCGCGCCUUCCCCCUCUCUGCUGGAGGCGUCGAGUCACCUCCGCUCUCUCUUUCGACCGCCAAAGCAACCACCCAAACCGAAUAACGAAGGCCAGGCUUCCUUCUCUUCCUCCUCGCCUCCCUGUUCUCUCGCGUCUCUCCUCUCUUCUUCUCUCUCUUCUUCUCUGUCUUCUCUCCGUCGGGGGGGGGCCAGCGAUGGGCGACUCGCUGGCAGAGCGACGCAGCCGGAGGGAGAGGAAGCGAAAGAAAGCAUUCUGACAGUCGAGGAGAUUGUUGCGCAGCGCAAAUGUUCCUUACCGCCUUCGCUAAAGAAGACGAUCGGGAUCUUCCUGUCGGCGAUUCGACGCGCGAGCCCAGACAAAACGAGCUUUCUCCAGGCCUUUCGGGAGCGGCUGCUGUCCUGCUCCCUCAACUCCGUCCACGCCGACCUCAUGUUGGAGGUGGUUCCCGAUUUGGGCGUCGUCGGUGCAGAGAAACAGCAGCUUUGGAGAGAAGGCGAAAAGGCGCUUGCGAGGAGCCUCGCGGAAACGCAGGAAAAACUCGCACGAAUCAGACCCGCGCCCGCCGCUGACCUGCGUCUGUCGGACGAGGAAGUGUUUCUUCAACUGGUGUUUUCCUUCAAGAGUCUUCGAGACCGUGUCGAACUCCUUCAGUUCCUCAGCGAGAAACACCUCCAUCCUCUCUUUGCGUCUCUCUCUGCACGACUGCGAGUCAAGGUCGAAGCAUUGCAUUUGCUGAAGGCGAAGGCAUCUGCGUUGCGGCUCUUCUUUGCGAACCUCCUCGCUGCCGUGGAAAUCAUAAAUCAAGAGGAAUACGAGAAAGAAGAGAAGCGAGAGGAACACGCGGAUGCACUGGAGAGGGACAGAGAGCUCGCGCGGACAGACACGAAAAAAGACGACGCCUCGUCUCUCGCAUCGUCGCGUCCUGCGUGGUUUCGCUGGACAGUGAUGCUGCGAAAGGCCGAGGACGACACCGGCAGUCGGCAGGACGGUUCAGCGAAACAGCGCGCGACCGCAAGAGCGGCCGAAGGAGACAAAAAAAUUCCUAUUCCCUUCUUCGCGGCCGAGAGACGAACCCCUUCGCUGCUGCGAUCCCUCGCCGCCCACUCAGCGUCCCACCUGCAGCCGCUCCUCGCUUUCGCGCUCCAGGUCUCGUGUCUGUACACCCUGACGGUGCUUUGGCUCGGAGAUCCCGAGCCGUUUCUGCCUCUUGUUUCGCUUUCCUCGCGGAAAACCCCCCAAAACCCGUCUCCGUUUGUUCCGCGUCUGCUUGCGUCCGAAACGAGCUUCCUGUCUUCCUUCUCUUCUUUCUUGUUCGCCUCCUCUCCCCUUUCGUCUCUGCUCGGUCCCUCUGUUUCAUGCGCCGCGCCCGGUGCCGAGCCUCGCGGAACAGGCGGCGGCGAGUCGCUGGGAAACGCGCCGCUUUCCCAAAAGCCGCAGGACCGGGAAAACCUUUUUUCUCUCCUUUUCCGCUUCUUCGACAAGUACCAGAAGGCUGAAGAGAGCUUGCGGCGCCUGCAAAAGCCGGCCUCGCUAGGAGGGAGUCAGCAGCACGGGACGCGAGAAGCGAAUGGAGAGGCUGGUGGCGAGAGGAAAGCGACGACUCCGUGGCGGCGAAAGCUGGAAGAAAAGGAACGAGAAAAUGAAUCGGCGGAGCGAGCGGAGAGAGAAAACUGUCUGGACGCGGACCGCGAGGAGGGCAGAAAAAGUGGAGAACCGCGAAGCAAGAGUGUCUCCUCGCUCGCGGCAGCCUGGAUGCGCGGCAAGAAGAUGCACCCGCCCACAGAGGCAGAACGCGAGGCCGGUUUUUUUUUGAAAGACCGAGACAUGGGUGGCGUCUCUUUCGCACUCGCAGCACGAAGAAGGCGAGAGGGCGACGCAGGAGAGGCGAAGAAGGCGAGGACGACAGACGAAGAGGGUGAACGAGGACUGCCGAAACUCGACUUUGUCAGAGAGAAAAGGCCAACGCCCCUCUUCUCUCUCGGAUCCUCUCUGAGACAAGGACUCUCUUCAAAACGCCCAAGGUUCCCCGCGUCGCCGAGACCGUUCGGACUCCCGGCUCUGCCUUCGCUGGCGUCCGCAGUCUCCUCUUCCGCCGCUGCCUCGCCUUUUCCUGCUUCGCUCUCGGCGUCGGUCUCCUCUUCUGCUGCCGUGUCACCCUCCUCUUCUGCUGCCGUGUCACCCUCCUCUUCUGCUGCCGUGUCACCCUCCUCUUCUGCUGCCGUGUCGCCCUCUUUCUGUCCUUUCACGAAGAAACGAAAGACCGCAGCGUUCGCGGAAAUGCAAUCGACGCCUCCCUCUUGUGUCGCGCGCCUCCGCCCAAACCCUGCGCAGCAAAGGGAAAACGCGGAUAACUCAACAGCCUCUCUACUCUCUCCUGCGUCGCCCCCUGUCGCGGCUUCCACAUCUCUCUCGUCCUCUUCCUCGGCUGUCUCUUCUUCCUUUCCUGUUUCGUCUUCCGCUUCGGUCUCGUCUUCCGCUUCGGUCUGUUCCUCCUCUUUGCGCGUUUCUUUUGGGCGCUCGCCUCUGUGUGCCGAACCGUAUGCGGCCGAUGUCUGUUUUUCCAGUCCUCGCGCGUGCGGAGCUGACCGAGCCGGAACGGCUGGCGCGGCGGGGGCGGCGUCGCUGAAAAUGCAGACCACACCUUUCGAGACGAGAGCGGCAGGCGCCGGGGCGCGUGGGGAGACUCCCGUCGAGACUGAAGAGAACGGACAGGCGCGCGAAGCGGACCAGGGCGCGCGGCGAGAGAUGCUGAACAGCCAAGAAGAUCCGACAGAGAGCGCGUCUCCACACACCCAAGAGGACGGAGACAGGGAGCGGAAGCGACAGAACGCGCAGGGGGAAGACGGCCGAGGCAGAUGGGUGUCGAGGCGAGUCGACGAGAAAGAAAACAGGAAACUGAACUCGCCGUUCCCCUCUCCUGACCCCGAGCGAAGUCCUGUGCUCCCGCCGUGGGCGGAUGCCAUCGCCGAAAUGACUGCACGGCGAAAGGAAACGCCUCGCAGAGAAGACGGGCGCCCGCGACGGGGAGAGACGCGCGAACGAGGAGAGACAGAGGGGAGAGGGGAAGGAAGAGACACAUACGGGCGAGACGCAAAAGACCGAGACGGGGAGGCACGCGCGCCGCUUCGUCCAGGCUCUCCCUCUUUUUCGGGGCGGGGCAGCGCGCGACGAACUGGCGAAAGAGAAAGCGCGUUUUCUCUUUGGGGUCUGACGCGCGAGAUUGACGGAAACAGCAUCGCAACGCGAGGUGGAGAACUCGAACGCGAGAGCGCGGGCGAAGGCUGCUCGUACACCCCCGUUCGUUUUGGGCGCAGAGAUCGCCACGUCGCCUGA